UAAUAUAUUUUAAUGUAAGCUAUAGCCCUUUAAAUGUACUUGUAAUUAAGUCUGCUAUAUAAAUAACUGGAGACCUGACUGGACGUUAGAGGACGCGGUCGGAAGGGGGCGCCAGCGCAGGAAGCGCCUAAACGUAGAGACGAAGAAGCAGCCUGAACAGCCGGUAGGUCGGUAAGAUAACCGGUAGUGUCGGAGCUUCAGUUGUCCCGGGAAACCCGCCAUGUCCGAGCACUUGUUGUAAAAACACUGGCGCUCGUAUCUCUGAAUACGUGUGUGACUCCCGGAGCGCUUAGCUUAGCGACGCGGAUGAGAAGCUACCGUUGGAAACAGGGAGCUGUGAGGACGUUAACGUCAGUUAGGACGGUUGUUGAAGUCCAAUAUGACCCAACAAGCUGCUGCUCUGCAGACCUACAACAAUGAACUUGUCAAAUGUAUUGAGGACCUGCACUCCAAGCGGGAGGAGUUGAACCGACAGAUCAAGCAGGAGGAAGAGGAGAAGGAUCGGCUGCAGCACGACAUCCGACUCCUGUCAGAGAAGCUGAGCAGAGUCAACGAGAGCCUGGCACAAAGACUCACCGCCCGCGCCACGUUCGACCGCACCAUCGCAGAGACAGAGGCUGCAUACACCAAGAUCUUGGAGAGCUCUCAGUCUCUUCUGAGCGUCCUGAAGCAGGAGGCAGGAAACCUCAGUAAAGCCACAGAGCCCCGGAGGAAGGAGCACUAAUGGCAGGGAAAGUCACUGAACUCUCAUUUUGACCACCGCUCCACAUCUGACUCGGCACUUAACCGGUUUACACUUCACUCUGGGCUGUUUGUAAUAUAUUCUAUUGAUUUAUCGUUUGUUCUUUAUUCCAAUAAAUGUGUUUCUUAUCACUCC